CCGCAGGGCCCUUAUAUACCCAGCAGGGCCGCAUCUCUCCACAGUGUUCGUCAAGUCAUUACUGCAGCAACAUGACUCGCACCCUUCUCGUCGUCUUGGCCCUUGUGGCGUCCGCUUGUGCCGCGGACAACUACGCUUUCAACCAGAUUGACGAGUUGUUCGAUCGCAUCCAAGUGUGCCUGAAGCCUGUGCCCCAGCGCGGGUUCAGCUACCCCGCCACCGAUUGCGCGUACAACGCCCGGAACGCUCUGAGGCACUCCACCAAGGAGUCCCAGGCUGACUCCAUCGCCUCGUGCCUGCUCAACUACAGGGAUCCCGUCAACGCCGCCGUUGUGGCCACCGCUAAGCAGUGUCUCAGCGAGUCCCUCGCCAAGCCCGUCCAGCCUGCCCUCAAGAAGGCUUCCUACAACAUCAGGCAGCUGGAUGUGAUCGAGAGCCGCAUCAAGGCGUGCCAGUCCGGCAUCGUCGAGACCGCAACCUCCACCCCCGCAGCGUCGUGCCGCUUCGAAGCCCGUGUCAAGGCCGGCAAGGGCUACCCCAAGGAGUCCCUUGUCGACUUCCUCGUCCCUUGCCUCACCGGCAGGAACAUUGACGCCACUAUCGUUUCAGAGGCUCAAGCAUGCAUCGCCGCAUCCCUUGCGAAGCCUCUUUAAGCCUGGUAGGUUAAUCACCAAUGACUAAAGCGACGAUGUCUACCUUUCAUUGCUAUUAAUAAAACAGUUAAAAUAUUUAA